AGUGAGUACACAGUGAGAGCAGACGGAGUGGGAACCAGAGAAAAUAAAGACUUGAAACCAGGCAACAGCAUCAAACAGAGAUGACGUCACUUCUUCUCCUUUUUCUGAGUGCUUCGCCUCUCCUCCACUCCCACCUUUUCACCCAUGCUGCCUCUACUUCCCCUCCCGCCACUCGUCCUCGGAUCAUAUUCAUGACUGGCUUAAGCUCAGAUGAUAACUAUGACGAUGAUUACGUUGACGAAGAAACCCACAGCCCUCCUACUGAAGUGCUAGAAUCUGUGAAGACUACCUUGCUCCGACAAAAUCCGCAGUUCUGCCACUACAACCCCUGCUUGGAGAACCAGGAGCCCUGCGACCAAAUUUCAGCGAGGACCGGGUGCCUCUGUCCUGGGGUCAGCAGGGCCGAUGUGCCUCCUCAUGCACCACGCAUCCAACAGCUGCUGCCAAUCAGUGAAGGGGAUGACAGAGGGAAGGUAGAGGUCCAGUGGUGCGCUCCAUCCUCUGUGGUGUCUAGAUACAGAGUGGUCAUAGAGGGAAGCGAAACCCUGGAGUUUCAGGACGUUUCCCGACGAGGUUUGGUUGAAUCUUUGGAAGUUGGCACUAAGGUGUGUGUGGAGGCGGUGAACAGUGCAGGGCACAGCUCCCCCUCAGAUUUCUCCUGUAUGAGGUACGCCCCUCCUGAAUCUUCUGACCAUAAGCUGUUUGCCUUGGUUAUAGGAGGAGGAGUUGCCCUCCUUCUACUUCUCAUCAUGGCAGGUGUGAUCGUCUGGAAGUAUCAAAUGCGUAAAAAGGCAAAGAGGGACUCAGCUGAUGGACUAGGGAACCCUUCCUACAGCAGAGAGGGGACUCUGUGAUCAAGACUAGUUCAGCACAGACAAUUCAUCCCAGUCACACUGAACAGGCACCUGGAGACAGGGGGCAGCGCAAUGGUGUGAUCAUGAACAUAAGGCAAACGUUUUUGGGGUGGUGUUUUGAUUGAUUAUGGAAUUAAGCAGUUGUUUACACUCCUGUUUCAAGGAAUAUGUAAACAUAUUGGAGAAAAGAGUAGUUGUGUUCAAGGAAUAACCCUAAAAAUGGCUAAUUAUAUUACUUUGUUGUUAUAACUACAGGUUUAUUUGCUGGCAAAUUAACUUUUGUAGGUUUAUUGUAGUGUUAUUUUAUAUUAUCAUGACUGAAUUUAAUUGUAAGUAUUUUUUUAGGAACAUAGGUACUGACUUUCAUAAUAAACUAAAACUUAUUUUAAUAAAAAACAAUGUGUAAAAUGUC